CCUUAAGCACUUCUGCCCCUCUGAGUGGCCGCAUCCUGCUUCACAAUUUCACAAGGCGCCAGCAGGACCGGAGCAGAGCACAUUAAUACUUUCUCAGCUCAGCCCCGAAGCUCAGCCCAGGAAGCUGCCCUGCCAAAGUUCACAUGUUUCAUAGGGUAGGCAUGAGCACUAGAGAAGAGGAAAUAUACUUUUAAACCCAAACAGGCUUGGCUUGAAGAAAACAUUGUUUUUUCAAUGCAGCUAUGAAUUAAGAAAAAUACAGAAGAAAUUUGCACGCCACUUAAGAAGGGAAGGCUUGGGAAAAAGAAAUACUGAGGAAGAACAGCUCUCAUUCCCAAUCUGCUUUCAGACCAGUGAUGAAAAUACUGAAGAGUUUUGGGCUUUCAACUCGUCGCUCCUGCAGACCUCUUACAGCAAUAUUCCUAGUUGGAAGUGCCACCAGCAGCUACGACAUUUCAUUUGGAGGUACCUGAGGACAUCCCUACGGCCUUGCCAAGGAUCACCAGCUGGCAAGAAGCAGAUGGGUAUAGCCACAAGUGCACAAAAGCAACGGCGUUUAUAUUUGGGUAGGAUGGUGGCAGCUCAGAUCUAAGGCCAGAAAAUUCAGCAUGACGGAAGCAUUCACAGAAACGACAGCUGAAUACGCUUAUGACGAAUAUGCUUUUUCCUGCAAUAAGACUGACAUCCAAGAAUUUGGGAAAAUAUUUCUGCCAAUAUUUUACAUUGCAGUGUUUGCUCUUGGCCUCACAGGAAAUCUAAUGGUGGUUUUUGCUAUUGUGAAAGAAGGCAGUAAAAAAAGCAUCACUGACAUCUAUCUCCUGAACUUGGCUAUCUCGGACCUUCUCUUCGUGAUCUCCCUCCCCUUCUGGGCUUCCAACACGGUCCGCGGAUGGACCCUUGGGACUAUUCCAUGCACAGCUGUUUCCUCUCUGUAUUACAUUGGUUUCUUUGGGGGCAUGUUCUUUAUCACUGUUAUCAGUAUUGACAGAUACUUGGCCAUUGUCCAGGCAACAUAUUCUCUGAAAUCCAGAACAGUGAAACAUGGCUUUCUUAUAACCUGCGGAGUAUGGGCAAUAGCGGUUUUAGUUUCAGUGCCACAUUUUGUGUUCUCCCAGCUGGUAGAAAAUGACUGCAUUUCUGUCUUCCCCCAGUUGCUGGAGAACAUCUGGCCAGUGUUCUGCAAUGUGGAGCUGAACACCAUCGGCUUUUUCAUCCCAGUCUGUAUCAUAUGCUAUUGCUACUGUGGGAUUGUCAAAACCCUGCUGACCUGCAAAAAUCAGAAAAAAACACGAGCCAUAAAACUGAUCUUGGUUGUGGUGGUCGUGUUUUUUCUGUUUUGGUCGCCCUACAAUGUACUUAUUUUUCUAGAGACUUUAAGGCACUAUGACUUAUUCACAAGUUGCAACCAAAUUAAAUCAUUGGACUAUGCGAUGCACCUGACCGAAACCAUUGCAUUCAGUCACUGUUGUCUCAAUCCUCUUAUCUACGCCUUUGCUGGGGAAAAAUUCAGGAAAUACCUUUAUCAUCUCUGCUUAAAGUACUGUCCAUUCCUGUGUUUCUGUGGUCCCUGCAGUCGCUACCAGGUCACCUAUUCAGCUAGCUAUGCAGAAAGCGUUGUGAACAGCAACAUAACCCUCAAUACCAGUGACCAGGAUGGCUCCGUCUUCAUCUAAAAGGCUCUGUGAAGAAGAAAUGUAUGUAAAUAUGUCUUCCGCAGGGCUAGCCACCACUCAGAUUGCCAUUACCCAUAUGAAGAGACUUAACGGCUGCACCAAAUUACUGACAUGCCUAUUGUUAAGCAUUAAAAUAUUCUAAAACAGUAAAGAUUUUAAAAACAAAAGCAGUACAAUACAUCAAGGCUGAACAUGGAAUUGAAUCAAGAGAGAGGAAGAGGGAAAGUAGAAGCAAAAGCAGCAUUCUGUGCCUACAACAGGAGAUGGUGAAGAAUUUAAGGAUAGGGAAGCUGUUAAACAGUUUCUUCAUUGAAACUUGCGCAUGUGUCAGUGUAUGCACGUGUGGUGCAAAUGUAUAUAGAUGUAACCUCAUUUUUUAAGGGAAGAGAGAUCUCUUCAAUGAAUGAUAGCUGAUUGUUAGCAAAGGGGAAUAUUUUUGAUAGUAAAGGGGUAUAUUUUUGAUGAUAUAUAUCCAUACAGAACUGAUUUUGGGGGUUAUUGAUUGCAACAAACUUUUUACCUGUGGUUUCAUACCUAAUAAAAUCCU